AUGGGUAAGAAGCAUUUCUCGCGGUCCACCCCAGGACGGGACUCGGCCGCCCCCGGGGAGGUCAAAGGUCUCUCCGCCCGGUCUGGGGUUUCUCCGGCCCUCGUGGCUAUCUGUGGCGCUCUGGAGAACGCACCCCCUGUCAAAGGGAAAAGGAAACAGUCAGAGGAGGAUGACCCCCAAGACCCACCUGUGUCCCCUAAACUCUGUGGUGAGCAGAGCAGGAGUGAUAGUCCUAUCCUGCUGGAGGACUCCCCUGAGGCAGGCGGGGAGCGGGAGGAGGAACAGGCCUUCCUGGUCAGCCUCUACAAGUUCAUGAAGGAGCGACACACACCCAUCGAGAGGGUGCCCCAUCUCGGCUUCAAGCAGAUUAACCUGUGGAAGAUCUACAAGGCAGUGGAGAAACUGGGAGCCUAUGAGUUGGUGACAGGCCGCCGCCUCUGGAAGAACGUGUACGACGAGCUGGGAGGCAGCCCGGGUAGCACCAGUGCGGCCACGUGCACGCGCCGCCACUAUGAGAGGCUGGUCCUUCCAUACGUGCGGCACCUGAAGGGGGAGGACGACAAGCCACUGCCCCCCUCCAAGCCCAGGAAGCAGUACAAGAUGUCCAAGGAGCUCCGGGUAGAUGAUGGGACCUCCGAGAGGCCAAAGAAGGCCAAGGAGGAGAAGCAGGUGGACCAGAUGAUGCCAGGAAAGAGCAAGACAGAUGCUGCUGACCCCACUCAGCUCCCCAGCCAGGAGCUUACCAGGGAAAGCACUGAACAGACGAGCCCAUCCCCUGCUCCCACUCUGCCCUUUGCAGGGGCCAACUGUUGCCCUGAGGCCUACAAGCGGCUCCUGUCCAGCUUCUACUGCAAAGGGACACAUGGCAUCAUGUCACCACUGGCCAAGAAGAAGCUCCUGGCCCAGGUGAGCAAGGCAGAGGCCUUGCAGUGCCAGGAGGAGGGCUGUCGUCAUGGGGCAGGUAGCCCUGACACAGAACUCCACGAGUCCCCGGCUGCUUGUCCUCUGGACAGUCCCCGGAGCCCAAGCAGGCCUGCUGAGAACUCAAGGCACCCACUGAGCCCUCAGGAGGGAUUGCAGGUCCCUGGAGGCAGCCUCAGGGAGGACGCUCAGGGAGGCCCCUGCCCUGAAGCCCCCAUUUUCACGGGCUAUUUCCAUGAAGUGCUGAAGCCUAUAAGCCAGCACCCUCGGAACUUCUUCCCCAAUCUUAAAGAUGGGGUGCUUCUGGGGCCACUUGGCAAAGAGGCUGCAAUGCCAGCUACAGAGUCCCAGCUGGUAUGGGGUGGGAAUGCCAGCCACCCCUCUGCAUUCCACAAAGGUGGUUUCAGGAGGGACAGUCCCUAUCCCAAACCCAAAGCCUGUUGGGUGUCCCCCAUGGCCAAGGUCCCUGCUGAGAGCCCUGUGCCCCCACCCACCUUCCCCAGCAGCCCAGGCUUCAGCAGCAAGCGCAGGCUAGAAGAAGAGGGCUUUGCCCAUGGUGGCAAAAAACUGCGGGCAGUGUCUCCCUUUCUCAAGGAGGUGGAUGCCAAAGAAUGUGGGGUCAAGCCCACAGGGCCAGGCUUGGCUGUCUCCUGCCUGUUGGACCCAACCCUGAGGCCUGCCCCCCAGGAGGCCUACAGGGGCACCAUGCUGCGCUGCCCACUGAACUUCACCAACACCUCAGACCCCUUAAAGGGCCAGGCCAGUCUCCCUUUCAGUCCCCUGGUCAUCCCAGCCUUCCCGGCUCACUUCCUGGCCACUGCAGCCCCCUCACCCAUGGCUGCUGGCCUGAUGCACUUCCCUGGUGCAUCGUUUGACAGUGCCCUUCGUCACAGACUCUGUCCAGCCUCAUCCACAUGGCACAUGCCGCCUGCCACAGCCUACACAGCGCCCCACUUCUUCCACCUCAACACCAAGCUGUAG